AGCAGCGUGCGGGGAUACAUUAUAAUGAGAGCACGCUACAUCGCUUUGCUACUGUGUUUGGAUAUGCUGUUGACAUUUGCUCCCACUAAAGGUACGGGACAUAGUAUUGAAAGUAAAUGUUCGUUCAAUUCCGCGGAAUGCACGGACGAUUGUGGACCGCUUGGCCACCAGACCGAUGAAUGGGAUUGUCCGAUCAGUUGCGAAUGUAAAUCGAGUGGUUUCAUAGAAGGAGAUAUCAAGUUUGAUAAACAUAAUAUCCCGAUGAUUAGAAAGGCAUACAGCAAGACAAAAAACUUCGUGCAAAAUGGUGUAACAAAUGUGUUGGACCUAUGGACCAAUAGAGUUAAUGGACGUAUCAAAGUACCUUUCGUCACGAGGAAUGAUAUAUGUAAGUUAUAUGCUUCGGAUACAGCAAUUUAUGAAGCAGUCGCCGCUAUAUCAGGAAGUACUUGCAUUGAUUUUAUAAACAGAACUACAGAAGUGGAUUUUAUUGAAGUUAUACCUGGAACAGGAUGCUGGUCCUUGAUUGGAAGGAGGGGCGGUAAACAAGAACUAUCCAUUGGGCCAGGAUGCGAAUAUAGUGGAAUAGUCCAACACGAGCUUUUGCAUGCUCUUGGUUUCUGGCAUGAGCAGUCUCGACCGGACAGAGACGACUAUGUAACUAUUCGUUUGGAAAAUAUCUUAAACGAUAAACUCUUUAACUUUGAAAAACGAACGACAAUCAAUUCACUUGGUUCACCAUACGACAUACAAUCUAUAAUGCAUUACUCUGGCUAUGCAUUUACCAAGAACGGCAGCCCAACUAUAUUGAAUAGGGCAACGAAUCAACCGAUUAUAACCCAAAGGAACGUACUGACGACAGAAGAUAAUUAUGAGUUAAACAGUUUGUACGGUUGUGUGCCUCUUACUACCGUGGUAAGGACAACAACAACGACAACAUCGAAAGCAGCAGGUGGUGGAGGGACUUCUACAUGUUUGUUUACCAGUCUACACAUCGGAGUUAUUUCCUUGGGAACGACUAUAAUAACAUUUGUAUUAUUUGUGUAAUUGUUCUAUAACUUCAAUAGUUGGCAUUGUGCUAUCUAUACUCAUUCGGUAUCGUUAUAUCCCCGCUAUGUUCGCAACUAUUUUGAAUGAAAACAUUUAAUGAAUGG